AUGGAGAAGCACAUUGGUGAAGAGGUUUGGCAGGAUCGCGAGAUUCGAUUCGAUGUCGACCACAGACUCUUGAGACUUAUUAACGGCGAGGUGCAAAUUGCGAAAAUGGAGCAUGUUGAGGACACGAAGGGCAACAACGGGGAUCGAGGCACGAUGAGGGUGACGAAUUUGCGGCUUGUUUGGCACGCCGCCAAUAUGCCACGUAUCAAUAUAACGAUUGGAUGGAAUUGUGUGACUGGUGUGCAGACACGACAAGCAACAUCGCUAUCGCAGAAGAAUCGUGGUGCUUCGUGUGAGGCGAUCUAUGUUCUCGCGAAAGUGCCCUCGUCCACAACGAAAUUUGAGUUUAUCUUCACCGCUCUUAAUCCGAUUGCGCAUUCCAAGUUGUUCAACACGAUAUCGUCGAUUAAUCGAGCGUAUGAGACGACGAAACUCUAUAGGGAGCUCAAAAUGAGAGGCUCAUUGAUACGCGAGGAUGGCACUCUUCGUUUGCUUCCUCAAGAGUUCCUUUGCGAGGAGGUGCGAGGCGUUUGGAAUUUGUCGACGGAUCAGGGCAAUCUUGGCGCGUUCAUUAUCACCAACUGUCGGGUGGUUUGGUUCGCCGAGCUCAAUCCGCUCUAUAAUGUCUCGGUGCCGUAUUUGACGCUCUACUCGUGCCGAGUGCGCGAAUCAAAAUUUGGUAUGGCGUUGGUUCUCGAGACGACAUCGAAUAGUGGCGAGUAUGUGCUCGGAUUUCGGAUUGAUCCGCCGGAGAGACUCCAAACGACAUGCAAGACGAUUCAGUCGCUUCAUAAGGCCCAUUUGAUCAAGCCGAUAUUUGGAGUGACUUAUAUUAGGGAGAAAGGAGAGAAGGUUGAGAAUCGGCCGAAGGAUGCCGAUGAGCCGAUUACUACGAUUGACAAUAAUGAGGACGAUGUGGAGUUUGACAAUCGUGGCGUUCGGCCGGAUCCGUUUGCGGCUUACUUUGAUGGUGGAUAUGCUGGAUCGGACGACAAGAAGGCACCGGUGCUCAGUGGGGAGCUCGGAUUGGCGAUUGAACCGAUUCGCGAGGGAUUCACUUUGGCCGAUCUCUGGGCGAUCCAUUUGGAUUAA